AUGGAAAACCAUCAUGGCCAGAAUGACCGAAAAGAGGCCCACCAAAUAGUUGUGGUAAUGGUGCCACUACCAGCUCAAGGCCACCUCAAUCAGCUUCUCCACCUUUCCCGUCACAUCUCAUCCUACGGUAUUCCCGUCCACUACGUCGGAACCACCACCCACAGCCGCCAGGCCAAGCUGCGCAUCCACGGAUGGGAUCCUCUCGCCGCCACAAACAUCCAUUUCCAUGAAUUUCCAACCCCUUCUUUUCUCUCUCCCCCGCCCAACCCUAAUGUCUCCUUCCCAUCACAUAUUUUGCCAUUAUUUUAUGCAUCAUUGAGGCUUCGCGAGCCUGUUGGUACACUUCUACGCUCUCUGUCAACUACAACUACAAGAGUCGUUGUCAUUCAUGACUCUGUAAUGGCAUCCGUCGUGCAAGACGUCCCUUCAAUACCGAACGCCGAGUCUUACAGUUUUGUAAGCAUAUCAGCUUUUGCCAUCUCCUCGUUCCACCGGGAAACGGGAAGCCCUAUCCCAAUUGAACCGGAAAUAUUAAAAGAGGCUCCAUCUAUCGAAAGUUGUGUGACAUCGGAACAGGAGAUUGUGACGUCAUUAGUGGUGGAAAAUGCUGUUAAAAAAUUGAUGGCGUCAACCGAAGGAGAUGAGAUCAGGAAGAGGGCGGCAGAUUUGGGUGGUUCUAUACGGCAAUCUGUGGAGGACGGAGGAGUUACUCGUAUGGAGUUGGAUUCGUUUAUUACUCACAUCACUAGAUAG